GAAUUCAUUUUGGAAGCCUCCACAAGCAGCUAUGAUACCCAAUUUUCAACGCCCAAUGAGCACCUCAGAGGUGAAAACAAGGACAUCGAUGGAGGAAAUAAGGAGUCUGAGGUUGCUAACUGGAGUUAAAACUCCAUACCUACCCAAUGGCCAAUUUGAUCUUGAAGCAUAUGAUAACUUGGUGAAUAUGCAGAUUGUAAAUGGUGCUGAUGGUAUUGUUGUUGCUGGCUCAACUGGGGAAGGCCAUUUAAUGACCUGGAACGAUCAAAUAAUGCUCAUUGCACACACAGUCAAUUCUUUUGGUGAUAAAGUUAAGAUCGUUGGCAACGCCGGUAGCAACUGCACAGCAGAAGCAGUUAAAGGCACUGAGCAAGGUUUUGCUGUAGGAAUGCAUGCUGCUCUUCACAUAAACCCUUACUAUGGAAAAACCUCCUUGGAUGGUUUGGUUGCUCACUAUAACAGUGUGCUUUCCAUAGGGCCUGUCAUGAUAUAUAAUAUACCUUCACGGACAACUCAAGAUAUUCCUCCUAGUGUAGUGAAAAUCUUGGCAGAAAGUCCUAACUUUAUUGGUGUCAAGGAGUGUGCAGGAAAUGAAAGGAUCAAACAUUAUACAGAUGAAGGAUUUGUUGUGUGGAGUGCUAAUGAUGAUGAAUGCCAUGAUGCUAGAUGGGAUUGUGGGGCUGUUGGAGUUCAAUCUGUUGCUAGCAAUUUGAUUCCUGGCUUAAUGAGAGAACUCAUGUUUGGAGGAAAGAAUCCUACACUGAAUUCAAAGGUCAUGCCUUUUUUUGACUGGCUUUUCUCAGAGCCAAACCCAAUUGGUUUGAACACUGCUCUUGCUCAACUUGGUGUGAUUAGGCCAGUUUUCAGGCUACCAUAUUUUCCUCUCCGUGUCGAAAAAAGGAUAGAGUUUGUCAAGUUGGUGAAGGAGAUGGGUAGAGAGCAUUUUGUUGGAGAAAAAGAUGUUCAAGUUCUUGAUAACGAUGACUUUAUCAUUGUUGAUCGAUAUUAA